CGUCGUGCGCUGUUUAGAGCUGCGCGGCCAGCAAAGAAUCGCCCGGAGCCGCCUUGCCCGGAAUGUGGCGAGGGGCCGCCGCUAGUGCUUGGGGCGCCUCUCUGGGGCGCUUCGGACGGGUCGCCCCCCGACGCUGCACCUGGCGAGGAGCGGCGACAGUGUCCGUCAGCCCCGCGGCCGGCUUGGCGGACCAGCCGGCCAAAAUAGCGGUCUGGGGGCUGGCUCCUUGGCAGGAGGUGAGCCUGCGCGCGCUGGUGGCGGAUGGCCAGGGCCGGCUCUUCGAUUCCUGCGCCCACUAUCGAGCGGAUUCUCGGGGGGAGGUGGACUUGUGCCGAGACCCGUCUCACGGAGGGGACUACACCGGGCUGGAGCCUAUGGGGCUGCUUUGGAGCCUCUCCCCUGCCGCGAUGGAGAAGCCGUACCACCGGCUGGAGCCCGGGCCGGUGAAAAGCCCCAUGAAGGUGGAGAUCUCUGUGCACCAGGGCCACAGCCCGCCCGCUGCGCUGCCUGGCCCGCUGCUCGCCAGGGCCAGCACGGAAAGGUGGUUCACUCUUUCCCAAGUGCGAAGGAUUCGGCUGAAGGAAGGGCUUGUAAGAGGCAGCUUGUUCCUCCCCCCAGGGGAUGGCCCCUUUCCAGGAGUGAUAGAUAUGUUUGGUGAUGAAGGUGGCUUAGUUGAAUUCCGAUCAAGCCUCCUGGCUACCCAUGGCUUUGCUGCUCUUUCUCUACCGUAUUUUAAUUUUGAGGAUCUCCCCAGGAUCAUGGAGGAUUUUCACCUUGAGUACUUUCAAGAGGCAGCUAAGUUUCUGCUGCGUUACCCAAAGGUUAAAGGGCCAGGAGUUGGUGUUGUUGGAACAGGGAAAGGAGCAGAAUUGGCAUCUUCUAUGAUGACCUUCCUGCCAGAAGUAGUGGCUGCUGUCUGCAUUUCUGGCUGCAGCUCCAUCACAGCUAGUACUCUCCAUUAUGGCAAUUUUACUCUGCCUGGACUCAGCUUUAACAUGAGUAAAAUCAGAAUUUCUGAGGAUGGUGUAUUUGAUAUUUAUGAGGCAUUGGAUGACCCGAAGGACCCAGCUAAUUCACACUGUCGUAUCCCUAUAGAAAAAGCAGAAGGCCACUUCCUUUUUGUGGUCGGGGAGGAUGACCGCAAUUGGAAGAGCUCUUUGUAUGCUGAGAUAGCCAUUGAGUGCCUACGGCAGCAUAGGAAGGACAAUUUUACUCUCUUGAGUUACCCAGGAGCUGGUCAUCGAAUUAAUCCAGCCUAUUCUCCAGUUUGCCCUGUAGUUUUAGACCGUGUUCUAGGGAUACCUAUUCUGGGUGGUGGAGAGAGCAGAGCUCACGCUUAUGCCCAAGAACAUUCUUGGGGGAAGAUUCUGGAAUUUCUGCACUUCCACUUGAGAUGAGAUUAUCCAAAGAGCUGAAUACUGAGAGGUGGGAAAGAUGCCAAAGACCAAAAUGAAUUUCAAGGACUGACUUGGAAGGAUGGGAAGAGCUGAGAUACAUCAUGUGUGUAUUGUAUGCUGAAUGACAAUGCAAGGGGAUGAGAAAAUAAAAGACUCUUGCAGGCUUGUUUACAGUAAUCUGGAAUACUCAAAUGAAGAACUGCGUUGACGGACAAGCACAGAGGCUGUGUGAAUGUAUGUUUUCAAGAAGAGAUCUUGGAUGAAAAUAUUGAAUAGUGGCCCUUGUUUAGGUUAAUGUUUAUAGAUCUAUACAUCCUGGUCAGCUUGUGAAAAAAUAAAGGCAUAUCACUGCUGCAAACCAGCACCUCAAAAGAGUUGAACAAUUUCCUGUCUCUUUAACAUCUAGCUAUAGGUCUCUGUCAUCUUCAGAUCACAAAUCUGAAAUAUGACUCUUUGCCAGCUUUAAAGUCUUGAUUGCCAUCAAUAAAGACAGCCUGUUAUACCACUUGAAGAAAGAACAGAAAAAGUUUAAAGUCACACGCAGCCUGUACUUCCUGCAUUAGAGCAAAAGCUGUGAUUCCCUAUGGACUUAGAGUGGGACUGUACGACAUCUCUGACAAAAAUCCUACAAACACUGAAAAUUUCUAUUUAAGAACAUAUUAAGAACAGAAGUUCAAUAUGGUCUGGGAUUGUGCAUCCUUGUAUUAAACAUGCAUUCAGUCAUAAUUAGUUCAGUGAGAUAGGAUUGCCAUGAAUCUAAUGUAUACAUAAAAAAGGGAUUAAUCUAAAUGUGUUACCCUGAAGAACAGAUAACUGAAGAUCUCUGAAUUACCAAGUAUUUUCUCUAAUGGGCAAAUUAUACUGAAUGGUGUACUUAAAUACUGAAUUAUUGUUGCUGUUCGAAAUGUCAGUCCAUAUUACUUCCUGUUGUACUUUGCUGCUUUUCAUUGCCAGUUUUAAACUAAUAAUGAUUUCUAAGCAUAGUCAGGAUUUUCAGUUGUAAUUUUACCCUGCCCUUCUGUUCCCCUGAAUUAUGUGUCCAGCCACCUAACGAGAUUCCUGCAGUACAGUCUGUUGGGGUUUCUUUCUCUACUUUUUAGUAGGGGAGGAAAAGGGAAGAAACCUAAGAGGGAAGUCUGAGCUGGGAUUAGUAGAUGAGCAUAUGGCUAGAAAAGAGGAUAAAGUCAUAAGGAUCUUUUGUGUGUGACUGCUGAAGCGAUUGAAGAGAUGACCUUUACAGUAGUACAUGUUACUAAUUUAUACAGAAUAACUAGGCUACAAUUUACAUGUCUGUAGAUGAAUUAAAGCCAUGAGCCCUCCUUGAAUUUGAAUGUGUCUACCCAUUAUGUAUAUUGAGUAAUUUAUACUGAUAGCUGCUGUUUGCUGGAAAACAACAGUGUGUCUGGAGUGGUUACGUGCUAUAAUACCAAACACCUGUCAUUAUCAGGUUUUAACUUUUAAAUGAUAAAACAGCAGAAUGUGAAAAUGAAGUUCCAGGCAGAGAGAGAUAAGGAGAUACUAUUCAAUAUAACUUGUUAGGAAAAAUUGUUUGUGUUCUUACAUUUUUAGGCACAGAUGUUUCCUUUUUCUUCCUAUCACAUCAUAUUAUCUUAAUUAAUCUGUGACUCUAAACCCUUCAUAAAUGAAUCAUAUUUUGAGCACAUGACUCCUUUUAGACCCAGCUUGAAAUAAAACAGAUUAUUAAAACUAGGGUUCCUUUUAAAUUCCUGGCAGUUUGCUGACUGGCGCUUUUUAAGUACUGUAACUGUGCUAUUUUGACUUCACACUUAAUCUAAAGCUGAAAUUUGCAGCACUAGUAAUACAUUUCAUUCAUAUAUUAAACUGAAUUUAUUUCUAUGUAUAUAAUGCUUAAAAUGUAUAUUUAUAAUUUUUAAAUGCUGCUUUUCCAGUAUUUGAAGUGGCUUGCAAGCAAUGAAAGCAAAUUUCAAAUAACGAUAAAUGUCAUUUAACAAAUCAAAUGCAAUUUAACUAAUCAAAACAAUCCUAGCCAAUAAUUAAACAGCAGCCACCAGAUAAAUAACUAAGGCUUCAAAUUAUCAGCUGCUUGUUUAGCCAAACGUUACCAAACAGUACACAACACCAAUAUUUUGUCUAAUAUACAUGGUCUUGUUUAGGCUGUCAUACUAAGCAGUUAUCACUAAGUACCUCUGAGCUUAUAUGGGCUGCAAUCCUAAAAACACUUUUCUGGGGUAAAAUCCAUAGAAUAACAUGGGUCUUACUUCCAAGUAGACCCGCUUAGGUUUGCUCCCUAAGACAUGCUAGUGAAUGUGCACAGAAUCUGAAUGUAGAUGCACUAUUAUCACCAAGAUCCUUGGUCCAGCCGACCUGUCUUCUUAUCACCAGCUGCCCAGUAAGCCUUUCUCCUUCCUUCCCAUACUUAUUGUGAAGUAAGUGCAGGUUUUUAAAUGGUCUUGUGCCCGAUCUUGUCUUUUAAAAAAACCUUUAAAAAAAGAAUGGUUGUCUUCAUAUUCUAAAGUUGCUUCAGGUUUUGACAUCAGUGUGUUUUCUUCUCAUAAUACUUUAUAAUGUUGAGUAAUUCCAGUAAACUGUGUGACAGUGUUGAUGGUUAAUUGAAUGAUGUUGUGGCAGAAUGGAACAACCAGAAGGAGAUGAAAUAUCUCUGGAAAAACAGGUAUCUUUCCCUACAAUUAUGGUGGGUAAAAUUCAGCAGUUAUAAACAAACAAACAAACUGGAUUUUUAACAUUUUAAAUUUAAUUGUUUAAUUUAAAUUGGAUUUUUAAUAAAAUGCUUUAU